UCUGUCAGCGUCCUCUCUACUGAGGACUCUUCAAGGGCGAGUUGUUCUUUGAUGAAGAAAUAUUUUACACCUUCGAGUUCUGAUCAGGACAGAAUGGUCAAAGGACAAAAGUCUGAGGUGAGCGAUCGCAGACGUGGAAUGUCGGAUGGUAAAUCAGAGCAGACCAAACGCCACCCACCACCUCCUCAAGUCCACCACCACAACCCUCAGCAGCGCCACAAGCACCAGUCCGAUGACGACAGCCUGAACACUCAGUCAACAGCCGAGGACAGCAUUUUCACAGAGAACUACCCAGACCAUGUGCGUUGUGACGCCAGCAAAACAUCUUCUCUCAAAUAUCGCCGCAAGACAAAUCAUCGUCAACAAACUCUGUCAGAAACUUCUUUCAGUUCUUCAACCACCUCUUCAUCUCCCAGCUCAUCGUCAUCCUUCUCAUCUUCUUUCUCUUACUCGUCUUCCACCUUCUCUUCCUCAACUUCGGAGUCUAACACUAGCUUGUCGUCACACAGCAGCGCAGAGUGUUUGGCUAAAGACUCGCUGCAGAAGGCCCAACAUUCGCAGUCCUGCAAUGACAUUUCCAGGAAGCACAAGUAUUUCGAUGAUGAUGAUGAUAUGACCCCUUUAAUAAAUGAUGACAGCCAAACGUAUAAAAGCCCGGUCAAAGAGAAAAAAAGCAAAGGGCAUCCGUCCGGCUAUUCCUCAGCACAUGGCACUCUGAGAAACACACAGAGGAGAGCGCCAGGCUUGGAGAGUAAUGGAAACGUCCGCAAAGCUAAAUCAAUGGAGGCCCUCACUAGUCCCACAGAUGGAGACAGACACGAGGUGGAAGAUGAGGAAGAGCAGGAGAAAAGGAAAAAAGAUGCGCGGGAGAAGUUGAUGAAGGAGAAAAGGAAGUUUUCCGCAUUUCUCAAUGAGAUCACUCGCCAGGUUCUCAGCCCAAUGAGACUCACCACUCUUGGGGUGACAGAUGCUCAAAGACCAAGCAGCCCUAGGUCACCCUCGGUGCGGUCGAGGAAGGAGGAGAACUGCACCAAGAAGCAGCAGGCGCAUCGAACAGCGAGUGCCGACUCGGUUUGCUCCAGCAAGACUUCCUACUCCACCGUCCUUUCUCACUCCAGAUCUUUCCACAACCAUCCUAGCUAUCUGUCAGAAGAUUCCCACCACUUGCCCCGCAAACCAAGAAGCUGCAAUGAUAUUACUUGCUUGAAAAGACAUGGCUCCUGCUCACAAAAUUCGAAAAAACGCUCCUGCUCACCUUUGUACAAGCAUUGUUACCAGUGCAACCAAGGUGAACAUCAGACUCACCGUCAGCCCCGGAGGAGCUGCCACAGCCCAGCUCAUCGUCGCAAGUACAUUCAGAGCCCAGUACGGCAGCAUCAUCGUGGACGCUGGCGCAGCCCCGAUGACCAUCACGUGCACAGAGAUCAGGAGGACUACUAUUAUGACUAUACCUAUCAUCCUCAUCACCAUAACAGAAAAGGCCACAGUGACCAUUACAGACCAGGACAUCAUCACCUCCAAAGAGAUCACCACGACCAUGAUCUUGUUCAGCAGCAUGAAUUCCAUCGUGGUCAUGGUCCUCGCCACGUAAGAGCUCUUUCUGAAAGGGGGCCGCGUUGCAGGCCAGCACAUCACCAGCACAGUCAUGGAAGUGCUGCACAUCACCACGGAGACAGCACCUCAGGUCAGCAUCACAGCAACCGCCCAAACAUGCGUCAAAGACACCUCAGCCAAGGCUCUGAGAACAGAGAUCAGCACUGUGCUGUCCGCCACUCCGGUUCUGCUCACCAGUUUCUCCACAAGGACCAUCAGGUUGACCAUGAAGCGCAUCACAAAAAAGGACUUCGGCACCACAACAGAGAGCACGCGAGACAAUCACAUCCUCAUAAAGACCACCAUAGUUCACGUCAUCCCAGCUGCCACAAAGAGUAUUACAUGAAAGAAGAACGUCCUCACCAAAGUCGUCCUCAUCAAAACCAUCGUAGUUCACCCGCUCAAACCAAAGCUGGUGACCAGCACAGUCCAUCUCAACCGCAACAUCAUGAGCAGCAUCAACAUGCAAGUCAUAAUAAGCAUCAACACGCAGACCAUCAUGGUUCAGAUCACAGGCCUCACCAUCGAGGGCACCAUAGCACGGGCCAUCAGCAUCAUGACGCCGAUCUGCACGUCCCGAUCCAUUCGCAUCUCCAGGGAGACCAGCAAAGUCCUGGUCAUCACGAACACCACCAUAGACAAGGUCAUCAACAUCACCACGGAGAGAACCUUAGUUCAGGUCAUCGGCGUGACGACCACCAUGGCGCAGAACAGCACCACCAUCAGGAAAACAAUUCCGGGGCUGCUCCUCAGCACCAUGGAGACCAUCAACAUCACCAAGACAACCAUCACAGCCCAGGUCCACACCACCACGGAAGAAAACAUGUCCCAGACCAUCAGCCAAACUCCGAUGUGAGCCACGAUGGGGUGCACCACCAGCACAGAGACCAUCGUAGCCAGUCCCAUCAUCACAAACAAAGUGAUGUGAAUCCUCACCAGCAUGGGGACGGUCAGACCCAUCAGCACCUCCAUGGAGACCAUCUCAUCGUAGAUAAUCAGCGUGAGGACACCAAACACCGUCAGCCUGACUUACAUGGCGAAAAGUCCCACCACCACAACCCUGAGGACAGCUUUGUCAACCCUCAGACUCACUCUGUGAGGCGCCCAGACAGUCCGCCUCCAAAAAGGCAGAUGGAGUACUUGUCCAGUCAGCCAGAGUCACUGAGCCUCACUGUUCUGGAGGAGGAGCAGACCAGCUUCACCAGUGCGUCCUUGUACCAAGAGAAGACUCUUGAGUUGGACAAAAUUAUGGUCUUACCAGGGCAGAACGAGGGUCUGCACCAAAGUUUGUUGAAGACCGCCGUUAGAAUGGAGUGUCUGGGAGAGGAGGUCAUCAACAGCCAGAAGCUUUUGGAAGCGGAACUCCAGAGGACGCGUGUUGAACUGAGCGGCCUCACGGAGCGGUUCAAGAGACUUCAUGACAAUUGCUCGACCACGCAGCAGACAAACACCCUUCUGGAGCAAAAGCUUCAAUCUGUGGCUCAGAACAUGGAGGCAGAGCGUGAGCGGCUGAAUCGAAGAAUAUCCGCACUGACGGAAAAACUGGCUGAUGUUAAACUCGCCAACAGCCGAAAAAACUGUGACGUGCCACAGAAAAGUGAUUUACUGACGUGUGACGACAUGAGUCAGGUCCUCCUGCCCAUCACCCCACCUCCAGCUCAGUUCAUGGAUGAGCAGAGCUUUGGGAUGGCCAAAGCUCCAGGCCAGGAUCAAUGCCUGGGCUCAGUUCCAGAGGAAGAGGAAUCUGAUUGGUCGGAAAUGGGAGAGGAGACUCCAAGAUUGAUCCUGACUGGUUUUAACAGGAAUCAGACAUGGGUGCGCGUGGAAGAGGACCAUAAGCUGGAAAUGGAGGGGAUUGUCAGAUGCCCAUCCCCACGACCCAUGCAGAUCCCCCAACUUCAGUUCACAGUCCACAAUGAGAUCUUUCCUCCUCCUCCUCCCACGACGUCUUGUCCUCCCAGCUUGAAUAACAUGUCCUUCGGCAUGACGUGUGAGGACGCGUACACAUUUGGUCCCAGCUUGAGUUCCAGCAUUCUGGUCAGAUCGGCUAGCCUGGAAGAACUUCCAAUGGCACUUCAUCAACUGCAGUCAGAGCUCAGAGGCACUGAGGCCAUCAUGGACCUCCACAACCCUGGAGAUGAAGGAAUAGAGAUUUCCGACAAUGAGAUCAUCCAUCACUGGAGAAGCAGCAACAACAUGGACAUUGUGACGUCAGAAGGGGAGAGCAGUCUGGAGUCAGCUGAGCAGAGGUUCAGCCACUUCUUGUUCAGCCAGCAUGGAGAGGGAAAAGGUCUGAGCAGGGGCGAGGUGCACGGGUGGACAGGAGGGAUUCCAGACGAGGUCCUGAAUGGGGAACGUACUGAGCUGUGAUUCUCUUCUCGUGUGAAUUCCUUGCUGGUUCUUUUAUGAGGAUUAAACAUGAAUCAACCCUCCAUUUCUUUGUUAGCCAGCAAGCUAGUUUCUUAUUUAGCUAGCUAGUCUACUGAGGAUGUGUGAGGAAAUGAUGUACUUCUACUUACUACACUUGUGCCGAGACCAUGUCAAAGCACACGUUGGAAAUCUAUUUAUGAAAUGGAAUGGAUGUAUUACUCCAGGCCUACAGGUAACUAAGGGAGAUAUACACUGAGAAAGCUGAUGGAAAAGUGAGAUGGAUGUAUUGAUUCACAUUCACCACCAGUGCAUCACAUGUCAGUAUAUACUGUAUAUUGAAAUAUUAUAUGAUACAACCCUCUUAUGUCUCUCUACCUUGCAACAACAGUUGUGAAAGAAUUACUUUGUUCGGUUGCUUGUUUUAAAAAUCCCGAUAAAUUAUUAUUUUUCUUAUAUAUAUUGUUUAGUGGUACUGUAAUGUGGUUAUUUGGCUGGUUAAAACAGCCACAUGUGUCCUUAUUUUUGUCUUGUGAUCACUGUAUGCUUAAUAGUAAGAAAUAUAAUUUACCUUGAUAGAAAAUGCUUUUAUCCGUAUCAUAACCUAUUCAUUUCCAACCAUGUGACUUAUGC